CGUUGUCCGCACUCGUAGCUCAUAGGGCGGCCUGCCUUCCAGAGGGCCUUGGGACUGGAUCGAAAGAUAUAUCUACUAGAAACAAUGAAGAGACGUCGUCGACUAGCUCUGAUCGAUCAGAUGUCGGUUUCUCUCAACCAGACCCCAGCGAUAUUGGAAGUUGUUCUCCACGGGCGGGUCUCAGCGACGAAGCCAGUCAAAACCAAAGGACUAUCUCCGAAGAAGGCGGGUCUGGUAGGCUCAGCCAUUGGCCCUCCUCUUCAACGAUCGGUAGUGGACGAAAACGAAAACAAGCGAAUACAGGAACAAACGACACCUGCAGGAAAAAGCAAGCCCGUCGUGAGGGAUUCUCCCAUCCAAACAGUUCUCCACAGCCAGGACCCAGCGGUUAUAACCCGGGACGGCCGACAACAACACCCUCACCAACACCAGGUGAAAUAAGCCAACAUUUCAACGGGGCCUUAACAACGAUCGACGUGCCCGUCCCACCAGCAGACAACGGCGACAUUGCAUCAUAUUUCAACAACAACACUGGCCGUCUUCGCGAGGCAGUAGAGUCUGUAUUCCAAGGCUGCCAGCAGGUUAGACCU